AGCACAGAAACGAGUUCGCUUUAUUUAUUUAUUUUUCUUUUUCAUUUCUAUUUUUCAUUUCUUCUUCUUCUUCUUCUUCUUCUUCUUCUUCUUCUUCUUCAUAUAUAUCGUUCCCCAUUUUUGCUUCGGCUUUUUCAAUUCUGUAUUCUCGCCAUGAAAGCAUAGCUUUGUCUUAAACCAGGAAAAAUGGACGUUUUUAUUUUUAGUUUUUCCUUAUAAUUGUAUAAUAUGGUUAUUUGGAAAAUCAAACUUUUCAUGUUUCUGGAAAGGAUUCCCGAAAUUCUAGUGCAAAUGCAUGAUUGAAGAUUAACCCUUUCGUACUUGAUAAAAUCUUGCAAGAUGGAUGUAGUUCAAAUAAAAAACCAAGGUACUUGCAUUGGAGAUAUGCCACCUGAGCAGUCUGUUUCUCCAGAAAUUUCUAGUACAUGGGAUGACUUUAGAGAACCUGAGUCUCUUCCUCGAAUUGGGGAUGAAUACCAGGCAAUAAUCCCCCCUCUUGAAGUCAAAUCAGAUGAUUUUGGGCUUUUGAAAAGUGAAGCUGGUGAUUUGCCUCAUAUUUAUGUCGGGUUUCCUGCACCAGAAGCAUGUAUUGACAACGUUGAGAUUCUGAAACAGAAGCAACACAAUGGCAAUGAUAACAUUAUUCUGGUAUCAAACCAAAGUGAACAUCCGGCUGUGACUGAGAUGCAGGAAGUGUCAGAAGCUCGAGAGGUUAAUUCCUUUGAUGCCAUGACAAAUAAGGAUUUGAAACAUGCAACAAAUUUUCAGUUACAACAAGAAAUGAAGAUGAAAAUGAGUGAAAGCAAUGUUGACAAUGGCCAAUGGUUGGCUCCUGAUUCCUUGAACAAUUCCUGGACUGACAUAGAAAUGGCCAGUCUUCUCCUUGGAUUAUACAUUUUUGGGAAGAACCUCAUUCAGGUGAAAAAAUUUGUUGGAACUAAAAAGAUGGGUGAUGUUCUUUCAUUCUACUAUGGGAAAUUUUAUGGAUCCGAGAAAUACCGCAGAUGGACGGCAUGUCGUAAAGCAAGAGGCAAGAGAUGUGUAUGUGGACAGAAGUUAUUUACUGGCUGGAGGCAACAGGAGUUGUCAUCUCGCUUGCUUGCCUUGUUAUCGGAGGAAAAGCAAAAUAUCCUAAUGGAGGUUUGUACGGGAUUUAUUGAGGGUAAAGUACUGCUGGAGGAAUAUGUAUUCUCUUUGAAAGCUACAGUUGGGUUGAAUGCCCUUGUAGAGGCUGUUGGAAUUGGUAAAGGAAAACAAGAUCUUACCAGCACCGCCAUGGAUCCAAUUAAGUCUAAUCAUGCUCAUCCUGCUCGGCCAGAAAUACCAGUUGGUAAAGCAUGUUCGGCACUUACACCUGUCGAAAUUGUCAAAUUUCUGACUGGAGAUUUCAGGUUGAGCAAAGCCCGAUCAAGUGAUCUCUUUUGGGAAGCUGUUUGGCCUCGUUUGUUAGCGAAAGGGUGGCAUUCUGAGCAGGCUAACAAUUAUGGUAGUACUGUCGGCUUAAAGCAUGCUUUGGUAUUCCUGAUCCCUGGUGUGAAAAAGUAUUGCAGAAGAAAACAAGUUAAGGGAGAACAUUACUUUGAUUCGGUCAGUGAUGUCCUGAGUAAGGUUGCUUCAGACCCUGGGCUUCUUGAACUUGACAUUGUUGUAGAAAAACACUGCAGUGACAAGGAAGAGAGCGAGUCGAUCAGCAAAACAAAACAGGACCAGGAAGAUUUUCCUAGUCAGCAACGUUAUUGCUAUCUUAAGCCACGAACUCCCGUUCAUAAUAUGGAAACGAUGAAAUUUAUGGUUGUUGAUACAAGUUUGGCUGAUGGAAACACAUUCAAGGUCCGUGAACUACGAAGUUUGCCAGUUGAGAUAACAAAUACGUAUAUUUCCAAAAGUCAUUCUGAUGAUGAUGAACAAAUUUCUUCAGAGAUUUCAAUGGAUGAUACUCAUUCUGAAAAUACUAUGCACUUUGAUAAGGAAGUAAGUGACAGUUCCAAAGGUACAAGAAUCAGCUUGGAUAAAAAAGUUCAUAUUGAUGAGGAAGCUUGUGUAGGUAGUUCUUCAAAUAAAGAGUCUCCAAAUGAUGGCCUACAUUCUAUUAAUAUAAGCACGAAAGUUCAGGACAAUAAGCAAUCUUUAUUGGACAAAACACAGCAAAGAGAGGCUGUUCUGCGCCAAAUGAGCCAGGGAAAACCCAAAUCUGAAAUUGACUUCACUGCUUAUACUAAACCAAGUUGGGAAUUAAACACUUGCAGUAAACAAGUAAGCUGCAAUCUAAUCAAAAUCUUCACAGAUCCUGAGCUAAAAGAGGAGCACAGUUCAUCUGAUCAUUAUGAUUUAAACCACAAUAUUCUCCUUCAAGUUGAUUCGUCCAAGGAGAAUUUUCCCUGGUCUUCUUCAUCCAGGAGCAGUACAAUUACUAGUUGUGUUCAUGUUCCUAAUGUUGUUGAAGUUCCACAAAGUAGACAUGUACCUCAUACUUUGAUUGACCUUAAUUUGCCUAUUCCUCAAGAUUCCGAAAGCCAUGGAAGCUCCACCACAGAAAUCAAAGGACAGAAAAAUAGACCAAACAGAUGUUCUGAAAGCCUCGAUAUCUCAGAUCGUGACUCCACCAUGAUUUCACGAAGACAAAGUAAUCGAACCCGACCUCCGACAACUAGAGCUCUGGAAGCUCAUGCUUUAGGGCUAUUGGAUGUAAAGCAUAAGAGGAAGAGUAAGGAUGUCUUUCUAGAGGAGAAUUGUAUGUUGAGAACUUCUCAGCACGCUCAUGCAAAGGUUAGACAAACAGAUAAGUUUGGGAAUGGCAUUGUGGAUUUCAAACUACUAGAGGACAUGGAAAGUAAUGUUUGCAAUGACAAUGGUAACAUGUUCCAUAAGCUGGAAGUUUAAUUUGACAUAGAAGUCUCCAUGACUUUGUUUUGUUAACUGCUAAAGGUGCCGGAAUGUUUACUUUCAUACGAGAACCGAUGCUACUUUGUAAUCGUACACUGUCCAUGCAAAACUAAUCUAUUGAUGCCCGAUGGCCGUCAUCUUCUCAUCCUCCACAUUCAAGCUGUGUGCUUCACUUUAUAACUGUAGCAGUUCUCUGUGGAAAUUCAGAAAAUAAGCCCCUUUACCUUGUGAACUUGAAUUAGUUGCGUCUCUUAAAUCAUUUUUUGCUGCAGAGUUCGAAUAUUGGUCGAUGUUUCUCUUUGGUCGCUCGGAUCUUGGACUCUCCUUGUGUUUUGCACCUGCACAGUGUCCAGUGGUAAUGGUAAAACUUGUCACAUGAGUUAUAACUUCAUCUUCCCAUCCUCAUAAAGAUAGCUGAGCCUUGUGCUAUGCUCCAUCGGCCUCGUCUAUGGCGAAUGUAAAUACAGAAAAAGGUCGCUGAUCGAUUUUAUUGAAUCGGGUCAACUUGAAGGUCUCUAAUGUCUUACAUCAGACUAGAGUCAAUAGCAGAAGGUUGCCGUUUCUUGUUCAUUUUCAUUGCAUACAGAUUCCAGAUGGGUAAUAUUAGUGUAUUUAUUUGUCUUUGAAAAACAAAAGAUUAGACAAAGAAACAAACAUAUAUGUGGAUUAACUUAGACGAAAGUACUAAUGUGUUAAACCGUUGGAUUUUGCUUCA